AUGGCAAGCCCUGACUGGGGAUAUGAUGGCGAAAAUGGUCCUGAACAGUGGGGCAAGUUGUACCCCAUUGCAAAUGGAAAUAACCAAUCUCCCAUCGACAUCAAAACCAGUGAAGCCAAACAUGAUGUCUCUCUCAAACCUAUCAGUGUCUCCUACAGUCCAGACACAGCAAAAGAAAUCAUCAACGUGGGACAUUCCUUCCACGUAAACUUUGAAGACAAUGAUAAUCGAUCAGUGCUGAAAGGUGGUCCUCUCUCUGAAAGCUAUAGGCUCCAUCAGUUCCAUUUUCACUGGGGUGUCAAAGAUGACUAUGGUUCUGAGCACUUAGUGGAUGGAGUCAAAUAUUCUGCAGAGUUUCAUAUAGUUCACUGGAAUUCUGCGAAGUACUCCAGCUUUGCUGAAGCUGUCCCACAGGCUGAUGGUGUGGCAAUUAUUGGUGUUUUGGUGAAGGUGGGUCAGGCCAACCCAAACCUGCAGAAAGUACUUGAUGCCCUAAAAGCAGUUAAAACUAAGGGCAAAAAAGCCCCAUUCACAAAUUUUGACCCCUCUGUUCUCCUUCCUUCAUCCCGGGAUUACUGGACCUACCAUGGCUCUCUGACUCAUCCUCCUCUUUAUGAGAGUGUAAUCUGGAUCAUCCUUAAGGGAAACAUCAGUAUCAGCUCAGAACAGCUGGCACAGUUCCGCAGUCUUCUAUCAAAUGUCGAAGGUGAUAAAGAAGUCCCCAUUAAGCACAACAACAGACCACCCCAGCCUCUGAAGAGCAGAACAGUGAAAGCUUCAUUCUGA